UCUCAGCAUUCCCCACAUUUUGAUUAUUUUGGAUUAGUUUCUGCAUGUGAUUCGAGUUUCUGUAUUGUAGUUCAUGGGCACGCACGCAACAAAAGCAGCCUCAGCCAUUUUCCUGGCAUGGCUGGCUGUGUUUGAAGGUGUUUUAGUUUGUGUAAAUGGUCACUAUAAUUACAAGGACGCCCUAACAAAGUCCAUUGUUUUCCUAGAAGCACAAAGAUCAGGAAAACUCCCUCCAAAAAAUAGGGUACCCUGGAGAGGAGAUUCCGGCCUCGAUGAUGGAAAACUCGCAAAUGUGGACCUUGUUGGAGGAUAUUAUGAUGCUGGAGACAAUGUGAAAUAUGGGCUUCCAAUGGCUUUCACGGUGACAACUCUCUCUUGGGCAGCUCUGUUUUACAAUAACGAGCUUAAAGCAGCUGGGGAAUUGGAAAAUGUCCAUUCUGCCAUUCGCUGGGGUACUGAUUUCUUCCUCAAAGCCGCUUCUCGACGUAACCGUUUGUAUGUUCAGGUGGGAGACCCAGUACUUGAUCAUCAAUGUUGGAUCCGACCAGAAAACAUGCAGACACCGAGAACUGUGUUGAAGAUUGAUGAGAACACGCCUGGUACCGAAAUUGCAGCUGAAACUUCUGCGGCCAUGGCUGCUUCUUCCAUUGUCUUUAGAAGCUUCGAUCAUGCCUAUGCUCGUCGCCUCCUCAAUAAAGCUAAACUGCUUUUUGAGUUUGCUAAAUCUCAUAAAGGAACAUACGACGGAGAAUGCCCCUUCUACUGCUCUUACUCUGGCUAUAAUGACGAGCUACUAUGGGCUGCAACAUGGUUAUACAUGGCCACCAAGAAGCCCAUGUACUUAAAAUACAUACAAGAAGAAUCCAUCAGUGCUAACGUAGCCGAAUUUAGCUGGGACCUCAAAUAUGCCGGAGCCCAAAUCCUUCUUACUAAGCUAUAUUUUGAAGGAGAGAAGAGCUUCGAGACGUUUAAGAACCAAGCCAAUAGCUUUGUGUGUUCAGUCCUCCCGGAAAGCCCUUUCCACCAGAUUUACAUAUCUCCGGGUGGUUUGGUUCACUUGAGAGACGGAGCCAACACCCAAUAUGUCACUGGCACAGCUUUGCUGCUCAGCGUCUACAGUGACAUCCUCGCCAGAUUCAACCAAAAGAUCACUUGUGGAAACCAGCAAUUUGAUUCAGCCCACCUCUGGGCUUUCUCCAAGCAACAGAUUGACUAUGUCCUGGGAAAUAAUCCAGAAGGAAGAUCGUACAUGGUCGGGUUCGGAGUGAACCCGCCCACGCAAGCGCACCAUAGAGGCUCGUCGGUGCCGGCAUUGUCGCAAAACGCGGUGGUGAGUUGCGCAAUGAGCUUCGUGAACUGGUUCAACAAAAACGGUCCCAACUUUCAUGAGCUCACCGGUGCCAUUGUUGGUGGACCUGACCGUUACGACAACUUCGACGACAAACGUUGGGAUUCCUCCAAAACCGAGCCAUGCACCUACAUUAACUCCCUCGCCAUUGGAGUCCUCGCCAAGCUUGCCUCCGGUGCCUGAUCAAUGGGAUAAUAUGUUGAUCAUGUAUUGUACGUUUAA